AUGACGAAUCAAGAUCGUGGGUGCGUGCCUGUGGAGAGGCUUGGGGGCACGGUGCGGCAGAACUGGCACAUGGGGUUCACCUCGUUCGGGGGUCCGCCUGUGCACUUUAAGAUUUUCUAUGACAAGUUCACGGUGAAGCUGCAGUGGCUGGAUGAACAGGUGUAUCAGGAGCUUUUCAGCGUGUGCCAGGCCCUUUCCGGGCCGGCGAGCACAAAGAUGCAUUAUUGUAUCAAUUUGAUUCAUGAUGGAUUCUGGUCUGCGAUACUAGGCUUCUUCAUCUGGAGUCUCCCCGGAGCUAUCGGCAUGUAUGCCCUCUCUAUCGGCGUCUCCAACAUUGGCGAAUCCCUGCCCCGUCAAGUCUAUGCUCUUCUCUCCGGUCUCAACGCCGCAACCGUCGGCAUUAUCGUGCUCGCGGCGGUGCAGCUGUCGCAGAAGGCCAUCACGGACCGCAUGACGCGUGUUGUCGUCUUCUUGAGUGCCUCGGCGGGCAUGCUAUACAAUGCGCUAUGGUAUUUUCCCGUGCUUAUGGUGCUUUGCGGAGUUGCAACCAUUGUUCAUGAUUAUCGAUGGUUGCAUGGCCCUGUGAAGAAGGUUGUUUCCCUGAUUAAGAGACAGAGAAGAAGAGAAGAGGAGGCGGCUAUCGAGAUGCCAAAUAGCGAGCCUGUUCGUAUCGAUCAAGGAACAUCAACAGAGGCGGGAGAACCAGCUACUUCGCGACGGAGCAACGCUUCUGCCAGAGACCAACGCACAUCUCAGGAGGCGUCUAUGCUGUCUACCGCUGAAGAGCCACGGAUCAUUCCUCAAGGCCGAAUCCUCAACAUGUCGUGGAAGCUAGGUCUAUUCAUCAUCGGCCUCUUCUUCACCAGCUUCAUCGUCGUCAUGGUCCUGCGCGGCACCGUCCCUGACAUGCCGCUUCUCUACAGCCUCUUUGCCAACAUGUACCUCGCAGGCACCAUCAUCUUUGGCGGUGGCCCUGUUGUCAUCCCGCUGCUGCGUGAGUAUGUCGUUGCUGAGGGUUGGGUGAGUCCUAGGGAUUUCCUCAUCGGCCUUGCGCUGAUCCAGGCGUUUCCGGGUCCCAACUUCAACUUUGCCGUCUACCUCGGAAGUCUGACGGCCAUUAACGGCGGGUAUAGCUCUGUGGCUGGUGCUCUCAUUGGGUUCGUGGGGAUCUUUUUCCCAGGGCUGGUGCUCGUCCACGGGACUAUGGGUCUCUGGAGCACGAUCCGACAAUGGCGAUGGGUCAAGGCUGCGGUUCGAGGCGUGAACGCAGCCGCGGUCGGUCUCAUUUACACGGCUGUGUAUAGGUUGUGGCAGAUUGGAUACAUUGAUGAGGGCUAUCGCAGCGGGACCAGUCUGGCGGUUGAGCCUUGGUGGGUUGUGACGACGGCGACGAGCUUCUUUGGGAGCAUGUGGCUGGGAGUGAGUCCACCGGUUGCUAUCGUGACUGGUGGUGCAAUGGGGAUGGUCUGGUAUGGUGUUGUGACGUCUUAG